GAAAGUGAGAGGAGGAGGAGCGGCCCAGGAGGAGGCAGAGGGGGAGGGGAGCACAGAGAUCCCAGGUCUCCGGCGGGAGGCUUGCCCCCGGGAAGGAUGAGUGCGGUGCGGCUGGGCCGGCUGGUGACCCUGGCUCUGGUGCUGGCCGCCUUGGACCCGGCGCGGGGCACCGACGCGACCCACCCGCCCGAGGGCCCCCAGGACCGAGGCUCCCCGCAGAAAGGCCGCCUGUCCCUGCAGAACACAGCGGGGAUCCAGCACUGCUUGGUCGGCGCUGGCGAUGUGGGCUGUGGCGUGUUUGAGUGUUUCGAAAACAACUCGUGUGAGAUCCGGGGCCUGCACGGGAUUUGCAUGACUUUCCUGCACAACGCUGGAAAAUUCGACGCCCAGGGCAAGUCCUUCAUCAAAGACGCGCUGCGCUGCAAGGCGCACGCCCUGCGGCACCGGUUCGGCUGCAUCAGCCGGAAGUGCCCGGCCAUCCGGGAGAUGGUGCUGCAGCUGCAGCGCGAAUGCUACCUCAAGCACGACCUGUGCGCGGCCGCCCGGGACAACACCCGCGUGAUGGUGGAGAUGAUCCACUUCAAGGACCUGCUGCUGCGCGAGCCCUACGUGGACCUGGUGAACCUGCUGCUGACCUGCGGGGAGGAGGUGAAGGAGGCCGUCACCCACAGCGUGCAGGCGCAGUGCGAGCAGAGCUGGGGCGGCCUGUGCUCCAUCCUCAGCUUCUGCACCUCAGCCCUGCAGAGGCCGCCCACCGCGCCCCCCGAGCGCCACCUGCAGGCGGACCGGGCCAGGCCCCCGCGGGCCCACCACGCGGAGCCCAGCAGCGGGGAGACCGGCCGAGGCCUCGCCAAGGGCGAGCGGGGCAGCAGGAGCCCCCCGAACGCCCACACCCGGGGCCGGGCUGCAGCCCGGGGGACACAGGGGAUCUCGGGGAGCAGCGAGUGGGAGGACGAGCAGGCGGAGCACGCUGACAUCCGGAGGUGAGGCCGGAGGCCUGGCCAGGAGACCGUUCCUCCACGCCGUCCGGGUCCUCCUCUGUGGACACCCCAGGGCCUUUGCCACGACGGACAGACAUGGAUGCCGCGCGCAGGACCAGGAGGGGCCUGCGGACUGGAUGCCGGGGGGGCAUCAGUGGCAUCAGCAGGCGGCAGAGACUCCCCAGGGCAGCGAGGACUCGGGGGGCCAGCGGGGCCCGCACUUGCGCCUUGAGGAGGGGCCGUGCCACGUGCGCUCCGAGCUCUGUCCUCUCUCCGUGCGCAGAGCACCGGGCGCCCGGGGGUGGCGGUGGCCCCCGGGGCUGGACCAGGCGGGAGGCGGCGGGCUCCAGGGCAGGCAGGGGCCUGGAGGCCUCGCUGGGGGAGAGCAGGGUGCAGAGGAGACAGGGGCCCUGUGGGUGCCGGGUGCCAGAUGGGAAUGGAGCGUCUUGCACAGGGCCUGGAGGUCUGGAGCUGCUUUCCAGGGGAGGACGAGGGUUUCAGGGUCACUUCUGAGCCGGCGGGGGAACCCCGGCCGAGGGUGAGGCCCCUGGUGAGUGCGUAUCGUAACCACUGCUUCGAGUCUCGAUUUCACUUCUUAUUUAUCUAGUCACAUCUACCUAUCUGUCAUCCAAAUAAAUGGCUUUCAAACCAA